AUGGCCAUUCCUCCAAAGGCAGUUGAUCACAUCACCAAGAUCAUGGCUUCUGAUUUGGGGCCCUUGCAGAAGUGGAAAUCCAUCAAGGACAUGCUGUUGGAGUGUGGGGUUGCCUAUGUGGCUACUGCAAAGGCAACAGCUUUUGUUGUUCACCCCAAGAACCGAAGUGGUGCCCUCAUUAGCCCACAUGGUUGUCACCGCAAAGGCUUGCAGAUCAUGAAAGCUGGUGCUGACAUCAGCUUGUUGGGGAACAGUGUUUGCAUAGAGCUGAGCCCCAAUAUGGCUGAAAGGCAAAAACAAAUAGAUCCUUUUGAGAAGCUGGUUGCUUCCACACCUUUGCUGUCCCCUUUGCUGGGCACUGAGAGGUAUGCAUCUCUCAGCAGUGGGCAUACAUGCCAAUUUGUGAAGGCCCUUGUGCAUGGGUGCCCAACCUGUGAAGAAGAUUUGGCAGGCACUAAUGGCAAGCUUGGAGCACAUGUGUGGCAGUCUGACAGGGACUUGAAAACUAUGGUUGAAGCUGGGUGGGAGUGGCUAGUGCUGCCACACACUGUGGAAGCACAAUUUCCACAGCUUCCAGAACUCAUCCAGCAUGCCCUCAACUGCCCCAACUCAGUCUUUGCCUCCCAAUCAGAAAUGGAAUUGGCAUCUUCAAUUUGGGAUGCUGUAUCAAGCAACCCCCAAAAGGAAGUGAACUGGGAUGAGGUGUCCAUGCAUUGUUGUACAGGGGGCAAUGUCCAAGAUUAUGCCAAAACAAUUGGGAAGUUUGUCAAGCUCUACUCUGGUAAUGGCCAGCUACUUGAUUUCCUGAAUGUCUUCAGCAAAGAGUUUGGAGAGAAUGCUGUCCUUGGAAUAGAAUUCUUUUCCUCUGUUGUUGACAUGGUGAUCAACAAUGUGGACCUGUUCCCAUUCCUGCGAUGUGGCCUCAUUGUGACCAACCUGACCUGUGGCAAAGCUAGGUGUGUUGAUGGCUUUGCUAGGCUGCUCACCAAAAGUGAUGUAGAGAGGUGCAAGGGAACAAAGCUUAGGCAACAAGUUCAAGAUGUUGAGAGCUUGCUGCAAUCUAAGUGGGGGGAGGUGUUUGCAGCCCCACAAGAGAAGAAGCACAUCUACUACAAGGCUUUUGGUAAGUGCUGCAUCAGGGCAAUCCUUUUGCUUACUGGCAAAUGGAAAAUGGGCAGAGAAAACAAAGAAUACAAGGACAUUGAAAGCAUCAAGGGUGCUUAUGACAAUGAGCUUGCUUCAUCCACACCCACAGCGCAGUUGCUAGUGACAAGCCAAGCAAGCCAACCCAGCCAGUCAAGCAAGGCAGUGGAUCUCCAGCAAGCAAAAAACCCAAUGUUUUUGGCAAUGCAAAGCAUAGAACUCAAAAUAGGAAACUUUUACAACCACAAGGACUUGCCACACAUUUUCCUACUGAAAGAAAUCAAUGCAGACCACCUUGUUUUGGAGGCACAGGAGCUCUUUGAAAAUACAAAAAAAACAAUCACAGUGCAGGAUAUCAAGGUCACAAAGGAACUCAAACCCUCAAAGGGGAAGGCACCUGCAUUAAUUGCUGAUGAUGCAGCAAAGUUGACCCCUACUUUGGUUUGCAGAGAGGAAAAUGACAGGGCUUACAUCUAUGGUGUGUUGUUUAGCAUGUGCAAGUCCUACCACAAGAAAGUGUUGAUCCAGGAGGACCCUGUCAAGAGGAUCUACACUGAUGGCCAGGCCAAACAACAUGAUUUGACUAUGGUCCCCAUGACUGACAAGGUUGACAAGAUUGUCUUGAAGUCGCCUGGCCAGCUGUCCAAGUUUGCAAAGGUCUCCUAUGGGGGCACUGAGUGGUACAUCUUGCCACCCAAGCCUUGGAAAUGUGUUGAUGGGACAUGCACUGGUUUGGUUGUUCCCUUUUGGGUGGCAUGUGGCGCCAUGGUCAAGGAGGAUUCCAACAUGGCAUUUGAGAUGAAGGAUGUCAAGGGCUUGAAGGUUCAGGUUCUCUCCAACCCCAAGCAGCUGCCUGCCAAGACUAUGCUCUCAGUAGUGGAUCCUAGUGCUGCUCACAGUAGCAAGGGCAAGGGUAAGAGUGCCAAAAGGGAAGCUUCUGGCAAAGCUCCAGCUGCAAAGAAAAUCAAACAGUAA